ACUAUGAUUUCGCCUUUUUCUUUUUUGGCACAGAAGUACAAGGCAUUGCUAUAAUGAUGUUCAAUUCUUUGUAGGUUGCUGAGAAGUUGCAGUGAUUUUUUGAGUGCAUUGCCGAAUUAUGGGUCUGCUUACAAACAGAGUGGAGAAGCAUGAAAUCAAGCCUGGGGAUCAUAUCUACACUUACAGAGCCGUCUUUGCUUACUCCCAUCACGGUAUCUUUGUUGGGGGUAGCAAAGUGGUGCAUUUCACCCGCGUUGGAAACGCUUCCAGCUCCAACUCUGAAGUAUACGACGAAAAUGAAGAAUGUCCGACCUUUCCCGACUGUGGAUUCAGGCAUCCAGAUAGCGGAGUUGUCCUCUCUUGUCUAGAUUGCUUUCUCCGUAAUGGCUCCCUUUAUUGCUUUGAGUAUGGAGUGACCCCGUCUGUGUUUAUUGCUAAAGUGCGUGGAGGCACCUGCACAACUGCUGCAUCCGACCCUACUGACAUGGUCAUUCACCGAGCAAUGUAUCUGCUCCAGAAUGGAUUUGGGAACUACGAUGUGUUUCAGAACAACUGUGAGGACUUUGCCCUUUACUGCAAGACGGGGCUACUAACUGUUGACCGGCUUGGGGUUGGAAGAAGCGGGCAGGCCUCCUCUGUGAUUGGAGCACCAUUGGCAGCUCUCCUUUCGUCCCCUUUGAAAUUCCUAGUGCCUAGCCCGGUCGGGAUGGCUACAGUGACCGCAGGGAUGUACUGUGUGAGCAGGUACGCCACAGAUAUUGGAGUCCGUACGGAUGUCAUCAAGGUGGCCGUGGAGGAUCUAGCCGGGAGCGUCCGUUGGGAGAAUAAUGAAGGAGUAGCUGCUCAAGAUGCAAUUUUAGAAAGACAACUUCUCAGAUAACAUUCAUUGUUUUGGUUAGACAACGCCUUGAGAGCAUUAUGUAGUUCUUGAACUGCCACACACAUCUCGUUGAGCCUAAGACCGAUCUUGGGUGAUUCUGCUGAUGUGCGGACAACGACCACCAACUCCCGUAGGACUGCUGAGGA